AUGGCAUCGUCGCUGGGUUUGUUUGCCGAUUUCGCCUUCGUCGUCGCUGAUUUCACCAUCCAUAGCUGCCAGGCCCAUCUACUUCCCCUCCCCGACAAUGGGUUUUCCUUCCUCGUUCUAGAGUUGAAUUCCCUUCUCGACAGUCCUAAGAUCGUUUUCGCACUGUCCUCUCGCGUCCAUGUCCCCAGGCAUCCGCUCAUGAUUAAACCUAAUACGGUUAUCGCCUCGCCGCUUCCCGGUACGCCCCCUGUUAUUUUUCCUAAGAUCGUUUUCGCACUGUCCUCUCGCGUCCAUGUCCCCAGGCAUCAGCUCAUGAUUAAACCUAAUACGGUUAUCGCCUCGCCGCUUCCCGCCAACGCCAACUCUCCAGUCCAAACGUCUCGGGGAGUCGCUCGCGAUCGCAAAUGGCUUCUCGCCCUGUCCCUUUCCACCCUUAUCGACGUGUCGACUCGAACCCUGAGCGUCCUCCUACGCGCGAAGAGGCCGUUGCACUUCUUGAAGCGGUACAACUUCGCCUUCGUGAGCAGCACGACGGAAACGCGCAACGACGGGAUUAAUUUCGCACCCGUCCACGAUCAUCCGUCGGUCCAUGAACAGCUGCCUGGCUACGUUUCUCGCUAG